UGUCCCCACGAAUCAGAUUUUUUUUUUUGCUUUAGGAUGACUUCAGGUGCAGGUCAAUCCUUGUGGUUGAGGUUAACACCCUGAUAGUGAAGUCCAAACAUGCACAUUUUUCUUGAGUUUUGAUUGAAAAUUUUGGUGUUCGUCCAUCCCCUUUAAGCAUCUCGAACAAACAUGCAAUUGCUGAAAACAGUAGGGCUUUCUGUUUUAGGGCUAGUGACUUCCUUGAACAGUGGUAGUUGAGGAACUGAGGUGAAGAGGGAACAAAAAAGAAGAAGAAAUAAGGUAACUCAAGACAAAAGAAAGUUACAGCACCUAUGGUGAUAGCAUCUGGAGCCAUCGACAGGAGGCACCUGUCUCCUUUUGGCCCACCGCCAGAAUCAUCAUCUUCAUUCUUCUCUGAGGAUCUUGUCCCUACAGAGAGGCAAGUUGGAUUCUGGAAAUCGGAGUCAAUGGUCGAUCAGAGAGGGAGCAAGUCGGAUUUUGCUUCUACACUUGAAAAGGUCCAUCCGACAGGAGCAAAUCCUGAAGGUAGUCUGGAACAUCCAGGAGGUGAAGUCUUCAAGGGCCUAGACAUCCUCAGCCUCAGUAAAUUAAUGGGCCAAGGAAAUGCUUCAAGUUUACCAUCAAUUUCUUGGGAUGAUAUCCUCACAACCCCCGUAUCUAGGCUUGGCUUGUCUACAAGAGAAACAGCAAUUGCUGAAACAGCUAGUGGCAAAUCAAGAAUGAUGCAGUCUGCUGAUACACAUAACUUCACCUGUGAGGGAGAUGAACCUCUAGGGUCUAUGGAAGAAAUUGAAGCUCAAACUAUUGGAGAUCUCCUUCCUUCCGACGAUGAUUUAAUAUCAGGUGUUGUCGAUGGCUUUGAAUUUGUGGGCCGGUCUACCAACCUGGAUGAUGCAGAUGAAGAUAUAUUCUGCACUGGAGGAGGGAUGGAGCUUGAGAAUGAUGGUUCCAUGAAAGGUGACAAAAUUCUGGAAGGAUCCCAGCUGUGUCAAUUUUCCGGGGAACAUUAUAUCAAUAAAUGCCCUUCCAGAACUCUUUUUGUGAGAAACAUUAACGCGAAUAUUGGGGAUUCUGAACUAAGAGCUCUGUUCCAGCAAUAUGGGGACAUACACAUACUUUACACCUCCUGCAAGCACCUUGGGUAUGUAACAGUGUCUUACUAUGACAUAAGAUCUGCCCAGCACGCGAUGAUAGCACUUCAUGGCAAGCCUCUGGGGCUAAUGAAGCUUGAUGUACAAUUUUUCAUUACCAAGGAAAAUGUUUCUGAACAGGGUAUCAACAAGGGAAUAUUGGUGGUAUCUAACAUCGGCUCUUCUGUUUCCAAUGAUGAUCUUCUCCAAAUACUUACUGCUUAUGGUGAUGUGAAGGAGAUUAGCAGGGCUUCUGCAAGCUGCAAUAAGAAACUCGUCGAGUUCUAUGAUGUUAGAGCAGCAGAAGCAGCACUACAAGACCUUAACAAGGGUAAUAGUUCAGGCCCAAAAAUCAAGGUUGAAGUCAGCAAUCCUGGAGGGGCAAGAUCUUGCUUGAGCCUGCAAUGUUCGAGAGAAUGGAAGCAUGACAGUUCCUCCAACCAGCCUAGAAAUUCUCCACCUGGGACCAUUGGAAGGUUGGGCCCUAAAAGUCAAGAGAACAGCAACCUUCAUAAUUUGUUUUCUCCAGUUAGUCCGCAGUUGGAUAGAUCACCCCAUGGUAUCUGUACAAAUGGUCCUCAGAAGUUAUCGUCGCCUAUCAGAAUUGAAUCUACACUUCAGCACAAUAAUCAAACCGCUCUUAGUGGAUCACUUGGUCAAGGAAUCUCUGGACGUGGAAUGCAUAUCUUUCACCCACAGUCACUGCCGGAGUGUCAGAAUGGUAUUUGUAACAUCUCCAAGUCCAUGACAUCGAGCGGCAGGAAUGCUAACUUCAGAGUAGAUGGAGUGGAUUACAGCCAACUCCAGCAAGUGAAUUCUGGUAGCCUUCAUGGUCAUUCCUUUGAUCAAAAUAAUGAAGCAUUUGGAGUUACUGGAAUUGGAAGCUUCCCCCUUCAUGGACACCACUACACUUGGAAUAACUCAAAUGGUUUUCCUCAAAGUUCCUCUUCCCCAAUGCUGUGGUCGAAUUUGCAGCAUCCAGUGCACAUGCAUGGUUAUCCUGGUGUGCCAGCUCACACACUGAACACUGGUGCUUAUCCUUUGGAUCAACACCACUUGGGUUCAGCUCCAAAUAAUGGAGGCAGUUUUGGAAAUGUACACACUUUUCAUUCAGGGUCUCUUGGAAGUGUAGGGUUUCCUGGUAGCCCUCAACUAUAUCCAUCAGAUAUCGCUGCCUUUGCACCUGCCAGAGGAAAUUACAGGGAGACCAUGUUCUCCCCAGUUGCCGCUGGAUUUCCAUCAAUGCAACAAAUGUGCCGUGGAAUCAAUGGAAGGAACCCUAUGAUCCAGGUUUCCGCUUCUUAUGAUGCAACUAAUGAUCGUGUGAGGAGCCGAAGACAUGAUGGAAACACUGUGCAGCCGGAAAACAAAAGGCAAUUUGAGCUUGAUGUUGACCGCAUAGCAAAUGGUGAAGACUCGCGCACCACACUGAUGAUAAAAAACAUCCCUAACAAGUACAAUGUUAAGCUGAUUUUAUCUGUCAUUGAUGAGAAUCAUCGUGGAACCUAUGAUUUCAUCUACCUUCCAAUUGACUUUAAGAACAAAUGCAACGUAGGCUACGCUUUCAUCAAUAUGACCGAUCCACAACACAUAAUUCCAUUUUACAAGACAUUUAAUGGCAAGAAAUGGGAGAAGUUCAAUAGUGAAAAGGUGGCAUCACUUGCAUACGCCAGAAUCCAGGGCAGGAGUGCUUUGAUUUCUCAUUUUCAGAACUCUAGCCUGAUGACUGAAGACAAAUGGUGCCGUCCUAUACUUUUCCGCAAGGAUGGUCCAAAUGCAGGGGAUCAGGAACCUUUCCCUGUCGGGAACCAUGUCCGGUCCAGGUACGGCAGGAGCAGGCCAAUUCUCAGCUCGGAUAGUAGAGGAGACAUGAGUCCAUCAACCUCACCUAACCAAGAGAACUCUAGCCACAGGGCAAACACAAUCCAGGAGAGUCGGGAGUAGGCGUAGCGUUGUUCGCAAUAAGUUAUCGCCCCCAGUUUUGCUAUUUAUUUUUCUCAUCAGCAAAAGUUGGGGCGUGCAAGUGAGUGGGUACAACCAAGCAACGAAAAACUCUUUGUCGUGGAUGAGUCUGGUGGCGAUUCGCCCUCAGUUUUUGCCCUGUCAAACCUAGGGGAAAGGCGCAGAGGUGUUUUUGAGCUUUGUGAGAACUGAAAUGAGAUUGGAACAGGUUGUACAGUUUGGGUUUCUGAAGGAUGCUAAAUGCUAAUUGACUUGAAUGUUUCAUGACUUGGUUCAUUUCGCUCA